GAACACUUCCGGUACAAAAGAAGCGGCUGUGAGACGGACAGUAGCUAACGUUAGCCUCCACAGUGUGUUUAUUCGACUUAAUUAUUUUUUUACUCUACUAAAAUGUUUGAGGCCGGAAAUCUGUCGCUGACACGCACGCGAGCUUCACGCUAACGGUAGGAGCCACAGUGACGAAGAGAGAGGUGCUAACGGCUAAAAGUGAACUGCUAAGAGGAGCAGUGACGGUGACAGCGGAAGCUAACAGUUUAUUGCUAACAGAUGCUCCAGCGUCUCCUAUGCUAAAGGAAGCAAGAUCCCUGUUCCCCUAUGAACAAGGAUCAGAUGGAUUCAUACACACCUGGCUGAGGUGCAGGUACCUGAGCUGUUUCUCUGGUCUCCAUCCUCACCUGUGCCGUGAAGGUGAAUCAUUAAGUCAGAGAUGAGCAGCUCUGUUCAGAGGAAGAGGCGGAGCACACAAAGUCCCCCGGUUUCUAGACACAACGCCAAGAGCGGGAGAGCUGCGAGUACCAGGAGGACGGCGAACGCUGACAGUGAUCCCACCCCCCCAACAGAGACCAUUGACGUGAUGGACGGUGAGGAGGAGGUGGUCGUGGAUCUCACCUGUGAGAGUGGAGCAGAAGCUGCUGUGGUCGACCUGACUACCAACAAUGACUCUGUGCUGCUGGUGGAUGAGGGUCCUCAGAACUGGAGACCACCUGUACAGAGUUAUCUUGUUAGCAGCGAUGAAGAUGAAGACACACCCCCCGUCCUCAGUGCCACCCUCCUGCCACCGACAAACACCUCCAGGUCAACUCCAGGGACAAUCAGCUGUCCUGUGUGUCUGGACGGAUACUCAGAGAUCGUUGGGAGCGGCCGAUUGGUCGUGUCCACCCGUUGUGGUCACGUGUUCUGCAGUCAGUGUUUGAGAGACUCUCUGACAUCAUCACACACCUGUCCCACCUGCAGGAAGAGACUUACUCACCGCCAGUACCACCCCCUGUACAUCUGACAUCACUCUGAGACCACAGCUGAGUCCUGCUGCCAUUGGACCACAGGCCAUGAUGUUGAUAUUAUUUGCUGCUGAAUUGUAUUUUUUUCUUUUUUGUGUGUGCGCCUCUGUUUGGACAUUAAAGUGUUCAGUCAUAGCUGGUAAACAUUAUGGAUUAAUGAUUCAUGUGUAUUGAUUUGUUUGUUAAAGCUGAAAUAAAUUUUGAUUUGUUUCA